CCGUGGCCAACCCCAUGCACUCCACAGGAGCUCCUGGAGCCAUGAUCCAUGUCCAGGCCAGUCUGCCACAGGGAAUCCUGGGACUCAACUCUCUUUCAACACAUGGAGCCAAUAUGAGCCAGUUUGCCGUGGGUGGGCAGCCACCUCCUGCUCUCCAGACACAGCAACAGCUCUUUCCUCCUCCUCCUCACUCACAGCAGGUCUUUGCCCUAGCCCAGAACACCCAACAGUGUAACCCAGGAGCAAUGUACAACUCAUCCUAUGGGGCUCAGCCACACUUCUCCCAGCCUCGCCUGACUCCUCACUCUGCCCAGGAGCUGCACCCAAAGCAUUACCCCAAGCCCAUCUAUUCCUACAGCUGCCUGAUUGCCAUGGCCCUGAAGAACAGCAAGACUGGGAGUCUCCCUGUGAGCGAGAUCUACAGCUUCAUGAAGGAGCACUUCCCCUACUUCAAGACAGCCCCUGAUGGCUGGAAGAACUCUGUGCGCCACAACCUGUCCCUCAACAAGUGCUUUGAGAAGGUGGAGAACAAGCUGAGCGGGACCUCUCGCAAGGGUUGUCUGUGGGCACUCAACCCUGCCAAGAUCGACAAGAUGGAAGAGGAGAUGCAGAAGUGGAAGAGGAAGGACUUGGCUGCCAUUCACAGGAGCAUGGCCAACCCAGAGGAGCUGGACAAGCUGAUCACGGACAGACCCGAGAGCUGCAGGAGACCCAGCAAGCACACAGAGCCUGAGGGGCCCACCCUGAGCCACAUGGGCACAGCCCAGGGCAGGAUGUCCCUGUCCCAGCUGCAGCCUCAGCCCAUCAUGACACUGUCCCUGCAGUCCCUGCACCACCAGCUCCAGGCCCAGGCUCGCAUCGCCCCCAACUCCCCUGCACCUGCACAGACACCUCCUCUGCACACCCUGCCCGACCUGAGCCACAGCCCCGUGCCCCCUCACCCCCUGGGACGUGCUCCUCCAGACUUCAUCAAUGUCACAGCAGACAUGAACACCGAGGUGGAUGCUCUGGACCCAAGCAUUAUGGAUUUUGCAUUGCAAGGUAACAUAUGGGAGGAGAUGAAAGAUGAAAGCUUCAGCCUUGACACCCUGGGUGCCUUCAACAACUCCCCUCUGCACCUCUCAGACUGUGACCUGGGCACCCCUGGCCUCACCCCAGUGUCCAGUGGCAGUGACCACUCCUUCUCAGACUUGCAGGUCACUGGUCUCUACACCACCUACACCACCCUGGACAACGUGGCAGCUGCUCAGUACAUGAAUCCCCAAGGCAACAAACCCAUUCCUCUGCUCUGAGCUUUGCACC